GCAAAGCCGCAGUGAUUCAUAUUCCUCCCAAAACCAGCCAAUAUGGUUCUCUCAGGAAAAAAAACCUUUGCUCCUUCAAGAGAGAAACCCGAAAGCUUUGAACAAAACCAUGGAGAUUCAACAGAACCUUCUCCAAUAACAAAGCCAAACUUCAUCCAACGUUUAAGACACCUGUUCCCACGCAAGCCAAUCCUUCCUUACCACUUUCUGAACCAGCUCCGGCAUGUCGUUAGUCCAAAUCCGGCCAACCCCUGUCCGCCGGCCCUCCAUGGCCAAAGCAUGCGCCGCCUCAUUCACUUUUCGAAGCACAAAUUUGAAGAGAGUGCAUCCCCUUCUACCUCCACCCGCCGGAGUCCCAUUAUAUGUGCAAAAAUUAAAGCUCGCUCACAAGCUCGCGCCUCCGCCACAAAAGCAUCUGCCAUAUUACUGACCAGAUAAGUUUCCCCUCCAAUUACCUCCCCUUUAUGAUUCCUAGCUAAAACUGCAGUUAUAGCUAACCCUGUAGUCUGUGAGAACGAAGCAUCAAAAUUAAUCUUGAUGAUGCCAUCAUUCGGUGGCUUCCAUAACUCA